AUGGCAUUUGCGUCGAACGACUUGUUUGUGAAGUCUCUUCGGAGUUCCGCUGCGGCGGUUCUCUCUUCUGGGCCUGCUCGCGCUCCGUCUCGUCCUUGUCGACCACUGCCGCGCCAGAGACAUGCACAGUCUUCACAGCCUCUCCAGCGAGGCUCCUCCCGGUCGUCUCCUGCCUCUGUCGCGAGUGUCUGCGCGGACACCGCACAGACCCUGUCGCGUUUGAACUCCACGUCUGCUUCUGCCUCAAACACGGUCGAUCGAAAUCCGCGAAAACCGGAUGAGGUUUCUCCUGGCGGCACACUGUCUCCUGCAUCCAUCUCUCUGUCUCGCCCCGGCUCGCGUUCUUCUCCCCGCAAGUCCGCUGCGGAUUCGAGCUGGCGGCCGCAGAGAGACCCUGCACACUCCGCUGGAUCGCCUUCGUUUGGCUUUAAAGGCGGCCCGGUCGAUCAAGGAGCGUCGCAUUUCCAGUCGAAAAGCGGUCUCGGAUCCGUGGAAGAAGAGGACUGCCAAGGGAGAGCAGCAAACGUCCGUCCGAGGGAGGAGCUGACGCGCGUCGACUCAUGCGAGGAUGACGCGUGCGGGUCACCUUUCUCUCCUCGCGUUUCUCUCUGCUCUCCUUCAGGAAGGCUCUCUUCGUGUCUGCGAAACGAGGCCAAGUCGAACCGCCAGCUUCCUCGCAGAAUCAAAGAAGAACGUUCCGUUUCUCCUUUCGCGCGUCGUCUUCUCCGCCCUCUCAGACCUCAGUCCAGCGAGUCUUGCAUCUCUUCUGUCGCUUCUUCUUCUCCUUCUUCUGCUUCUUCUUCUUGGCAAAGUCUUCCCUCCGUGUCUGCGAGCACACAUAGGUCUCAGGCGUCCGCGUUGCCUCCUCCUGUCUCAGUCGGUCGGUCUCGGUCUCCUCCCCGCUGUCUCAGUGAGGAAGAAACUGGCUUUCCAGAAGCUUCGCGAGAAACGUCUCUCUCUUCGCUUCGUCCCCGUCCGGUUUCCUCUUCUCUCGGAGGAGAACAAGCCGCAGAGGCGAUGACAGAAAAAACGACGCGCCUGGUCGAAGGGGAUGGCACCUCUGCACAAAAGGCCCAGAAGGAACACCCCCGCGGUUCUUCCUCUUCUUCCUCUUCUUUCUCGUCUCGGCCUUCUUCUCGACUUGACUCUUCUCUCGCAUGCGUCUCAGGAGAGAUGGCUAGGAGGAGACAGGAGACACGUUCAUGCCGGGAGGGAGAACGAGAAGAAGCGAGAGAACGGGCGGAGGCGGGGAGGAAGAGUAAAUCCGGACAAGAAGUCUCCACAGGAAAGGGAGGAGAAGGAGACACCCAGAAGGCGGGAGUUUCUCGCGCGAAACGCUGCGUGUGCUGCAGUGGAGACGCAUCCGGCAAGGUCCCUGCCGCGGAGGAAGGAGACGUCUUUGCAUGCCAGGCGGCUCUUGCGAGGAAGCAGGCGAAGGAGAGGAAAGCCGAGAGAACAGUAGAACAACUUGUCAACGCUUUAUACGACAAACACCGCGAAGGUCUCGCGCGUAGGCAAGUGUUGAAGUCGAUUCUUGAGGAGGAGCAGAUGAAAGCUUGCUCCUUCCAUCCUCGAAUCAACUCCCGAACUCCGAGAGGAUCCCGAGCGUCGGUGCCCGCCCACGAGAGACUGCAUGCAGAGGCCAGAAAGAAGCAUGAAGCAGUUUCUCGAACGAAAGACCUCCUCGGUAUCAUUGAGACAAGCAGCUUUUCCUACAGACCUACGAUCACCCCGCACCCUUCUCUGUCGGCAGGUCAUGUGCCACUGCACAAAAGGAUUGAAGAGGAAGUGACGAAGAAACAAGUUUCGCUGGAGAGAAUGGAGGAAAAGCAACGCCGGGCGGAACUCUCAAGCUGCACAUUUGCCCCUCGGAUUCUCUCGCGAAGUCGUCUCCUCGCUUCUCGCGAAAAGAACGCACACACCUCGUCUUCCUCUUCUUCCUCGUCUUCCUCUUCUUCCUCGAGUUCCUCUUCUUCCUCGUCUUCCUCUUGUUCUUCUUCAGCUCAUAAUGGAGCUUCUCCUCUGGAGAGAGGAAAGAGGAAGGACAGACGAGCUGCGAACGGGAUGCCGCUGUCGCUGUUGGACUUUGCUGGAGAAGGCGUCUCCUCUGGGGACCGCAGUCCAGUUUUUCUUUCUUCCUUUGCGAGAAAGUCCCAGAAGAGUCUGGCGGAGACGCACAGCGCCUCAGCCCAACUCGACAGAAAGGCCGAGGAAGAGGCCAAGAAGGAGAACAAGGAGAAUACGGAGGAGGCGGGAGAGGAUAGGGAAGAAGAAAAAGAGAGGAAGCGUUUUGAGGAGUGCCUUCGAGAUAUGAUUCUCGACAGAAAAAGAGAGAAAAAUGCUCGAGGGGAGCUUAGGGCGACGGGGAGAAGCAGAAAGGAAAGCGCCUCUGUGCAUCUGUUGAUGAAUUUUCUGGACGUAAAGGAACAGAGGAACCGCAGAGAAAAACUCUCCGUUCGGGCAUCUCUUCCCUUCAGCCUGAGGCAAAGAAACCUCUCGCUGGCGGGGAACAGAGCAGAAGGCAAUGUGCAGCGCGAAAAAGAAAAAAGAGUGUCAAAAAACGGACAAGGAGAAACCAGGAAAGAAGGCUCAGUUCUCUCAGCUCUCUCGGACGGAGCAGGGAAGAAGUCUUUUUCUUCUCUGCCUCUUCCUCCCUUUGAAGAAAGGUUGGCCGUCUACUCCUUCGUGAAAAACAAACGCCGAGAGCUUCUCCGCCGAAAGCUGGACCAAGGCGUCGUUACCUUCCGCCCAACGCUCUGUCCAACGACAGAAAAACUGCUUCUUAUCCAUCCUGAUCGCCUCUUCGAAACUCCUGAUGAGCGUCUGCACCGCUUGGCCGUCGAGGAUGUCGAGAGAAGAAGAAAAAAGCAGGAGGCACUUGCAGAACAGAAACUCUUCCCCUUCGCGCCUGAGAUAGACGAGGUGUCUCGACGCAUUGCGGAGAAGCAGCGCAGGUCUUUCCAAACUCUCAUCGAGACGUCGCAGCCCCGGCGCACAACAUUUCCUGCAGUCGACGCUGUCGAUUCGACAGCAGCGGCAUCUUCUUGGUCUUCGUUUCCUCGUGACUCUCCUCGGCAGACACCUGAAACGACUGCUUCCUCGUCGGUUUCUGCUUCUUUCUGUGACGCGAAAAGCUCGCCUUUUCUCCCGCGCUCUCUCUCCAGAAAGACUUUCGCAAACAGACAAAGGUCCUGCUCUGCGAGCGUCCGAGGCGAACUCGAGGCCAAGAAGAAAGCGGAAAAGAAGCGAGAUCCCUAUCCACACUUGCAGUCUACGCUGCAUGACAUGGCCACAUACAUGCGUUCCGUCGAGGAGGAGAGACGCAGAAAGGCAUUGGCUCGACAACGCUACAAGCAACAACUAGAAGCGAAGGAAAUGGAGGAGUGCACUUUUCAGCCUCGACUCCAACACAAUCUGGAACCUCCCGUCGGGGAGCUGUCCUUUCUCGAAGUUAAAGGAUUCAACAGGUUUAUCGAGCUCCGUUUGCUUGCACAGAAAAAGGAAGAAGAGAAGAGACAGCGGGAGGUUGAGGUCUUCGGCGCGAGUCGCGUAUCUCCGCGGAAUGUCUCUUCCCGGACAAACCUUGUGGGCAUCGCCGUACCGGACUGGGGUGCGCCGCCCGCGGCUUAUCAGCGAAGUGGAAAAAGAAGGUCCUCUCGACCGGGCGGCGACUCGAAGACCGGAGGCACUCCUGCCAGGCCUUUCCUUUCGCGCGAGGCAUGCGAGGAUGUGCAUGCAGCCGAAGAGUCUCUGGACGCGAAAAAAAGAUUUUCUGAAGAUUUUGAACGCGAAUUCGAUUUCUUCCACCAACGUUCAGACACGCCUUCUUUCUCUUCUCUCUCAUCUUCUCUCGGGUCUAUUUCCAAAGUUCGCAAAGAAAACAAGUUGCUGCGAAAGCGCGAAAAACCACUACUCCAGUGA